AUGUUUAUGCGGACUGUAAGAUGCUGCACAAACGCUAUAGUCCCGAAUCGGGCGCUCGCGUAUGCACUGACGAAAUGUCCAGCAUUCUUGGAACCACCCUCCCAAUGUCGUAAUUACCAUGAGGUUACCGGCGACAUAAUAUGUCCGAACAUGGUGAGAGGUAUCGACCAUCUGAGGGAUCCUCGUCUGAAUAAGGGUCUGGCGUUCACUUUAGAGGAACGCCAAGCUCUUGGUAUUCACGGUCUGCUGGCAGCCAAGUUUAAAACGCAGGAGGAGCAAUUGGAUAUCUGCAGAAUAUCAGUUGAUAGAUACGAGGACAAUCUGAACAAAUACCUUUACCUCGUCGAGUUACAGGAUAGAAAUGAGAAGUUGUUCUUCCGUCUCCUAUCAGAAAACGUGGAGAAGUAUUUGCCUAUUGUAUACACGCCUACAGUGGGUUUGGCAUGCCAAAGAUUCGGUCUAAUUUACAGAAGACCCAGAGGUCUCUUUAUAACUAUUAACGAUAAGGGCCAUAUAUUCAAUAUACUUAAGAACUGGCCGGAACCGGACGUGCGUGCGAUAGUUUUCACGGACGGCGAACGUAUUCUCGGUUUGGGUGAUUUGGGUGCUUAUGGUAUGGGAAUCCCCGUUGGCAAGUUGUCGUUGUACACGGCCUUGGCUGGAAUCAAACCUCACCAAUGUCUACCCAUAACACUUGAUGUUGGCACUGAUAAUCAGGAUCUGCUUGAAGAUCCUCUUUACAUAGGAUUACGUCAGAAACGUGUUAGAGGAAAGGAGUACGACGAAUUUAUAGACGAAUUCAUGGAAGCAUGCGUACAGAGAUACGGACAGAACACGCUCUUACAAUUCGAAGAUUUCGCGCUAAUAAACGCCGGUCGUCUGCUUGCCAAGUACCGUAACAAGUACUGUACUUUCAACGAUGACAUACAAGGAACUGCCAGUGUGGCUGUUGCAGGACUAAUGGCAGCGGUCAGGGUCACUAAGAGGAAGCUCAGUGAAAACAUAUACCUCUUUCUUGGUGCUGGGUCGGCAGCAAACGGCAUAGCCUGUCUGACAGUAGCAGCUAUGGUAGCUGAAGGCUUGACGGAGAAGCAGGCUCAAGACAGAGUUUACAUGUUCGAUGUAGACGGUCUGCUGUCAACACGUCGUGAAGGCGGUGUUCCCCCACACGCUAAGAACUUUGGCAAGGACAUCGAACCCGAGAAGGACUUCGAGAAAUGCGUAGCGAAAAUCAAGCCCAGCUGUCUCAUUGGUUGUUCUACAGUGGGCGGCGCUUUCACACCGAACGUGUUGAAGCAAAUGGCCAAGAAUAUAGACAGGCCAGUAAUAUUUGCUUUGUCCAACCCAACAAGUAAGGCAGAAUGUACUGCACAAGCUGCAUAUGAUCACACGGAGGGUCGCUGUAUUUAUGCAUCCGGUUCCCCAUUCCCUCCAGUUCAAUAUGAUGGCAAGGAGUAUCACACCGGCCAGGGUAACAACUCCUACAUCUUCCCCGGAGUAGCCCUGGGUGUUAUAGCGACAGCCACACACCAUAUACCCGAAACAAUGUUCCUUACAGCCGCUAGAACGCUAGCCAAUUACGUGAGUGAGAACGAUCUAGCCAUUGGUCGUAUUUAUCCGUCUUUGGCUGAGGUGAAGGAGGUGUCACUCGCCAUUGCUAUAGAAGUAGCCAAGAUGGCUUACGAUGAAGGUCUAGCUUCAGUGUAUCCAGAACCAAAGGAUUUGGCUAAACAUGUAGAAAAUCAGAUGUACAACUAUUAUUACGAGAGUUCAAUGCCCGUUGUAUGGGAUUGGAAACCGGAGGAGAAAUUCAACGUACGCCCAAUACAACCCGUACCUAAGAAUAUAUAA